AGACACUUCAGACCCAGGGCAGAACCCGGGAGGCCCAGGAGCUAGGGGAGGAUGCUGGAAUCCCUGGGGUGGUAUAGAGGGUUGAAGGUGCUCCAGGUGUUGGGAAGAAAACAAAUUCCACCACUUAUGGACACCUGUAUUAGUCCUACUCACCUGCGCCCCAGCUGCCAGAACAGAAGGGAAUGUUGGGGGGCAGUCUGUCCACAUGUUGCCUGGUGGGACACACAGAAUGGGCUGCCUCCUCGAAGCUCUUACUACACAGAAACCCCCUCUGUCCUCUUCUUCCUCUACAGCCUACUCCCCUCCCCCAUUCACCCACCAGGGUGUCACACCCUUGCAUCUUCCAUAACUCUCACCUCUUCUUCCCAAAGGAGUUAAUCAGAAACUAAUUAGGAGGUUUGUGUCCCCUAGUUCACGCAGUAUUUGGAGCACAGCCAGGCAUCAGCGUGAUGGGGAUACAGGCACCUCCUCCAGUCUUGGGAAGUCAUUAGUCAGACACAUUCAGAUGCCUGUUACAUGAAGCCUGUGCCCUGGAAGUGCUCAGAGCACAAGGUGUGGGAAGGUGGCAGUCGGCUCUCAGCCUCCUAAAGGGAGAGGGCUUUCACCCUCCUGAAGCUUCCUGAAAACCAGGAGGGCUUCUGAAGCCCCUUGGCACAAAGGAGAAUUGUGUCUGAGAGCACAGCUUCUUGGAGCUGGACUACCUGGGUUUAUGGCAUGUGAUUCUAGGCAGGAGAGUCACCCUUCAGAGCCUCCAUUUCCUCUUGAAAAUGGCAACAAAUACUCUAGACCCCUUGCAAUGGCCUUGCUAUGUCUGCAUUAAAAACAUGCAUUGAACACAUGCUGUUUCCCAACCAUAACUAUUUUCCCUUUGGAUUCUGACAACAGCCCUCUGAUCUAGGUACUAUAAUUGUCCCUAUUUUAUAGAUGAGAACACUGAGGCUUAGAAAGGUUAAGGACUAACUUUGCUAGGUAUAGGAAACUUAAAACAUCACUAUGACUCAUCAUAAUUUUGUAAGUUUGUAAAAUUGAUAAUUAGCACACUGUAUUUUAGAUAAUAUGUAAUUAGUUACUGGAAUGUUUCCUCCCUGGGUAUCUCCAAUCAUUGGACAUCUGUGUUAAUUGCCCAUGGGCAAUUUUUUGAGACACCUUCAUGUUUUUAUAUUCAAACAGUAUCAAACUGAUUUAAAAGAGCAGCUCCCCCCAUUUAUUCCCUAUCCUUCCUCUCCAUUUUUCUCCAUAGCCCUAUCAUCCCUAACAUUUAUAUAUCUUAUUCAUCUGUUUAUUGUCUGCCCUCAUCCAUAUAAUGUAAACUCCCCAAAGGCAGGGACUUUUAACCAUUUUGCUUACUGUCAUAUCCCCAGAGACAAAAACAACCACCAGCACUUCAUAUGCUCUGCAAAUUAUAAAGUGUUUUACAAACAUAAGGUCUAUUAUUGUUAUUAUUUUUGCCAAAUGUAUAGCUUGCCUGAAAAUAAAACCUUAAGGUUCAUGGCAGAAACUUCCCUCAAAAUUCUGGCAAAUAGGACCUGUUCAAGUGCCAGGGAAAAUGUGAUGAAGGUUAAAACCAGUUGGAGAUUACUUUCCUAACAUGUUAAUAAAGCUCCUUAUCAGUAAGUUGAAAGACAAGUUAAUUUUUUUUAAUCUUUGCAACAACAAAUGGCAUGCUCAAAGGCAAUUAAAUUAGCAUUUAAAAUUUCCAAUGAGUUAACUAUCACUGAUUUAUUCACUUACUCUUUGUUACAGAAAAUCAUUUGUAAAAAACCAAAGAACACAACAAGCCUCCUCAAUCCCACCACUGUCCAGAGUAUGGAUACCCACAUGACUGGAUACUUCAGUCUAUUUCCUUUUCAUCUUUUUCUGUGUGUGAAUAUUUUCUCUCAUUUUUUCCCUUAGAAAAUAAGGGAUCAUGUUGUCAGCAGUUAUAUAGCCAGCUUACUUGGUGACAUCCCCUCACCAUUGACUAAAGUAAAAGUCUUUAUAUUAUUAAAAUUUCUUUAAAGCAUGACUCCAUGGCUAUAUAAUAUUCCAUUAUAAGCAUAUGCCAAAAUUUUCUCAGCCUGUCCUCUGUUAUUGGACACUGGGGUCGCUGCUGUAAUAAUGUUUUUCUAUAUCCUUACUGGUGUUGUCUAGGCCUUGAAUGAGUCUUCUCUACAUCCGUGGUCAUGACCUACUUGUUGGUUUGCAAAUGGACUGGUUUAUGUAGUUAGUGAAUCCAUUCUUAGAGGUUGGGCACUGGUGGCAGUGGGGAAGGCAGCUGAUCCAACAAAGCGCUACUCCAGGUAAACUAAGGCAACAUGGAGACCCUGUAAGCUCCAGGCAUUUCCUGACUAACCCAGGAUAGCACACAUGUGGCCAGAUGUUGCAUGGGGGGCACGAAGGCCUCUUUGUUGCCAGGGCUGCCAAACAUCCUGGAUCUCUCUUCUAAAAUCAGUACCAAGUUACUUGCUUGCAAAUCUAUGUGUACUCUGCCAGCCUCUCUGUUAUCAUCCUCCCACUCUUUUUCUCCUCCACUCCUGAGUUCGUCUGUGUCUUCAUUUGAUCACAUGACAAAUGUUUACAGGCACACCUUGUUUUAUGGCACUUCACAGAUAUUGCUUAUUUUUACCAACUGAAGGUUUGGGACAGUCUUGAACCAAGCAAGUCUAUCAGCGCCAUUUUUCCAACUGCAUUUGCUCACUUCAUGUCUCUUGUGUCACAUUUUGGUAAUUCUCACAUUUCAAAAUUUUUUCCUUGUUAUAUUUGCUAUAGUGACCUGUGAUCAGUGAUUUUUGAUGUUGCUAUUGCAAUAAGGGGCUUCCCAGGUGGCACAGUGGUAAAGAAUCUGCCGGCCAACACAGGAGACACAAGGGACAUGGAUUCGAUCUCUGGGUGGGGAAGAUGCCUUGGAGGAGGAAAUGGCAACCCACUCCAGUAUUCUUGCUUGGAAGAUUCCAUAGACAAAGGAGCCUGGCGAGCUACAAUCCCUGUUGCAGUCAGACACCACUGAGUAACUGAGCACACAACACAGUAAGAUUACCACUUCCUGAAGGCUCAAAGGAUGGUUACCAUUGUUUAGCAAUAACGCAUUUUUAGAGUAAGGUAUGUACAGUGUUUUUUACACAAACGGCUACUGCAAACUUUAUAGACUGCAGGAUAAUGUAAACCUAAUUUUGAUACGCACUGGGACACCAAAAAAACUGAAUGACUCGCUUUACUGUGGAUCUGGAAUCUCGCGGACCACCAAACCACAGUUAUCUCUGAGGUAUUACCUGUAAUGACAUCUAUCUGCAUUUGCCAUGGAAUUUUUUUCUCCAUUAGAGGGACCAUCAGCUGGGUCUCACACUUCAAGACCAGCCCCCCUCAUUUCUGAGACUCCUUUCUGUGUAAAAUGGCGAUUUGUUUUGAGAUCCAGUGGUUUGAGCACGCAUUGCAAAGACGUGGCCCAUCCCCCAGGCCAGCCACUGUGUGGCCCUGCCCAGUUCACCACGGACCCUGGCGAAGCGCAACCCUCCAGUAUGGCUGCCUCUGCUGCGCAUGCGCGAACCAUCCCGUCUCGCGCAGUUUCCCGGCUGCUUCUGCCAGGGAGACGGAGCCGGUCCCCUUAACCACAAGCUCGCUGAUCGAGAUCGGAGUGUCACGGUGAGCCACGGAGCGGAGGGAUUCUGGGAGCAGGGACGCGAAGAGAAGUGGGAGUGACGUGGACUUACCGCCCACCAUUCAGCCACUUCAGAACCUGGAAAACUGCAGUCUGCCGGCCGCCCGCCUGCCCGCAAUCCAGUCGGAGAUGAGUCACAGGCAGGGACGCGCCUCGACUCAGAUGCUGGGCGCUGAGUGAGACGGGCGCGAGGGAAGACGUGACCUGGGUGUCAGAUCUGUGGUGUGGGGUGUCCCUGGCAGGAACCGCGAGGUGAGCGGAGGGUCCUUCCCUGCGAGAAGUCAGAGCUCUGCACGUGGGCAGGCUGGCUCCACUGUUCUGCUCCAAGGAUUACAUGUCCUUCAAACGCCCCUGCCCCUUAGCUCGAUACAACCGCACCAGUUACUUCUACCCCACGUUCUCGGAGAGCUCAGAGCACAGCCACCUGCUCGUCUCUCCCGUGCUGGUGGCAAGCGCCGUCAUAGGCGUGGUCAUCAUCCUCUCCUGCAUCACCAUCAUCGUGGGCAGCAUCCGCAGGGACAGGCAAGCCCGGCUCCAGCGCCAGCGCCGCCGCCACCGCCGCCACCACCAUCGCCACCACCGCCGCCGCCGCCGGCGCCAUCGAGAGUACGAGCAGGGCUAUGUGUCAGACGGGCACACAUACGGCCGCCCGAGCCACAGAAUGCGGUACGCCUGCAGCCCCGCCGAGGACUGGCCUCCGCCCUUGGACCUUAGCUCUGAUGGGGACGUGGACGCCACGGUGCUCCGAGAGCUGUACCCAGACUCUCCACCCGGUUACGAGGAGUGUGUGGGGCCAGGCGCCACUCAGCUGUACGUCCCCACGGAUGCCCCGCCUCCCUACUCACUGACCGACUCCUGCCCCGAGCUGGACGGCACCCUGGAUGCGGGCAGUGACCACAGCCCCGGCAGACACCAGCAGGCGCAGAGGCCGCAGGGCCAGAGUGGCCUCCGCACUGUCUCCAUGGACACCCUGCCCCCUUACGAGGCUGUGUGUGGGGCCAGCCCCGCAUCAGGCCGGCUGCCACUGCCUGGACCACAACCAGGCCCGCAGAGCUGCCAGGGCUCGCCCGCCACAACACAGGCCCCGGCCUUGGGCCCAGAGCAGAUCAUGAGGCAGCUGGUCCUCCCGGUUGGCAGGACAGGCCUCGCAUGCCUUGUGUCCACUCUGACACACUAUGGCGUGUUCACCUAUGGCACCACAUCCAAGUUCCUCACACUCCUAGAAGGAGACUUGAUGCCUGGCUCUCUCUGCCAGGGGGCCCUGAGAGCUGAGCAGCUCCUCUGGCCCAAGUCUUCAGACGGGGGACCUUCAGCUGAGGCCAUCACCCUGGCCUGCGUGGGCUGCCACUGGGCCAUUAAGCAUGGGCACACUGCCUUCCACAGCCUCCAGACAGGCACGCGCCCUCCAGACAGUGAGCCACCGAGGUCAGGCUCCCAUCUGCCUCGGAAGCUACACCCCUCCCCGUCCCUGCUCCAGGCCAGUAUGGAAGGACAUGGGCCACCGGCGAGGCGGGCCGGCCUAGGCGGCCACGGGACUCUGGUCUGCAUCCAGCCCCUCACAGCCGCCAUGAGCUGGCCCCGGGCCCCGGGCCCCAACGAGGACUCUCUUGAGACCCUCCUCGAAGACCUCAUCAGUUUCUACCUGGAGGGGGCAGGAGAGGGCCAGCUCGGGGUCUGCAGGCAAGCCACUCUCACCAGCAGGGCCCAGCAGCUCCUGGACACAGGGCCCCCUCUUCAGCUCUACCUGCCUGAGGAGGUGGCCCCUAACUCAGGGGCUCCCUGCUCUGCCCACCAUAUCAACCACAAACUGGUGCGGGCGCUGGAGUUCCUGGAAUUGGUCUCUAUCCACCUGCUCCUGUUUCCCUGGAGGAAGGAAAUCAGGUCCCUGAAGACGUACACGGGGAGCUUUGCCUACUGGGUGCGGCCUGCGCUUUCAGAACACACGCUGCACACCCUCCUGGGCCGGCUGGGCUACAUGGCCACCUCCGAGGUCGAGUUUUCCCUGGUCCAGGCUCUCAGCAAGGAGGACACCAAACAGAUAGUGUUUGAGAUCUUCCUGACAAGAGUCGCAUGUGAGGCCGUUCUCAGGACCCCGGGCAGGCAGCUCCUCGGGCCGGGCAGAGAGAGGGUGGCCGUGCCCCACCAUAGGCCUGGCUCAGAGACGGGGCUGCAGAAGACCCCGGGGGAGGCCCAGCUUGGCCCAGAUCCCUCAGCAGGGGUGGGAACUGAGAGCGCCCUGGCCGAACGCCCUGAUGCUCAGUGCUGCCUGCCUGUGGCUUUGAACCUGCCUGAGGUCUCGACAGCCCCCCAUGGACUCCUGACUGGCCCCCUGGUCCCCUCGGGCCCCCUGCGCUGUGCCAGCACAUGCUCCGACAGUGAGGAGUUCCUGACCUGCUACAGCGACCUCGCACUGCACCAGACACCCUUGCUCCCCUGGGACCAGCCCUGGAGCAGCCUGGAAGGGAAGCAACUCCAGGGCCCAGGCCCCGGGCCUGGCCCAGCUCCGGGGGAGGUGGCCGCUGCCUCGGGUAGCAGUGGUGAGCAGCCCUGGGUCCCCGACAGGGCUUCUGAGUGUAUAGGGGCCGCCAUCCCCAGCCAGCUCCGCCAGAGGCCCGGGUCCUGUCUGUCAGAGAAUUCCUUGGCCCCAAAGCCAGAUGCUCUGCCAGAUUCAGCUGCCCUUGGCAUGGACACUGAGCCUCCAAGCGCUUCCUUGGAGAUGGACAAGCUCUGUGAGCACUUCACCCACCUCCUCAGAACCUCAACUCCAGCGGGCUAUCUGGGGGACGCCCCUGGCCCCAGUGUUGAGGAGGAGGGACAGUCGGAGCCUCUCGUGGGGCCAGAGCCAGCCAGCGAAGGCGGCAGCCCGGACGGUAGAGUUGCUCUGCUCUGGAGGUCUCCGCAGGCCCCCACUUCAUGUACAAGAGCCCCCAGUGCUCACUACAUCCCCCUUAAAGGGCUGGAGGAGCCAGUUCCCACAUGGGGCUCCUACACGGGCCACAGCUGAGCAUGUCACUCCGAGGGAACAGGGGCGGACUCCCUAAGCCAACCGCUCUUCUUCCAGGAAGACGACACUUGAAGAAAUGGUGGGUCUGGGACCACAGUGGGGACACCAGCCAAAUCCCCAGCAUGUCAGCCGCAGGGACCAGUCUGCUCAUCCCAGCCAGCCCUGCCACCUACAGACUGUGUGACUCUGGGCCACUCCCCACACCUCUCUGAGCCAUGCUUCCUUGUCUGUAAAGUGGGGGUGAUGUCAGAUCUGCCUCACAGGGAGCUGAGAUGGGUUAGGAGGUGUGUGCACACUGCCAAUCUCAGGAGUGGGGGCACUUCCUGUCCCCUUCACAUCCCAGCUCAGCGUGUGACCUUGGGAGCACCAUCACCCUGCAUCUGAAUGGCAGCCUCCCUUGGCAUCCUUCAGGCACCUGUCACAGGGCAGAUUACACAACAGCUGUGUAAACAAGCAGACGUGUAAUCCGCCAUCCAUCUGUUCAGGGUCGUCUAUCUGCCUCCCUCUUCUCUCAGCUAACUUCUGGUUGACAGAGAGCAAGGCCAUGGUUGGGAGCCCAGGGUGAGCUCACGGGCCUGCUCUGCAUCCAGGGUUGGGGGCUCCAUCACCCAGGCUGCAUGGAGUGAGCGUGCCCCUCCACCAGCCUUUCCUGCCUCCACAUAUGCAUGCAUCCAUGCACACAAGUGGGUGCACCCAGGCACGUGUACACACAUGCACACGGGCAUUCCUCACGGUGGCCCAAGAGAGAGUGGUCUCCCUCUCCAGCCGAGAGCCUCUCUAUGGAGUGGCAGGUGGCACCCGCCCAGGACCUGCCCCUCGGCUUUGCUUUUGUCCAGUGGGGAGGAUGACGCCUACCCCUGAGAGUGGUGCUGAACAGUAAAGUUUACUAAUCAAGGGGGUGGGAAAAGCCCCUUCUGGGGCUCCCCAAGUGGCUCAGUAGUAAAGAAUCUGCCUGCCAAUGAGGAAAUGUGAGUUCAAUCCCUGGGUCAGGAAGAUCCCCUGGAGGAGGGCAUGACAACCACUCCAGUAUUCUUGGCUGGAGAACCCCAUAGACAGAGGUGCCCGGAGGGCCACAGUCCAUGGGGAUCACAUAGAGUCAAACACAACUAAGUGACUGACCGUACCUGCAAAGGCCCCUUCUGGGUAUACAGCAGGUGCUUAGUAAAUGUUGGUGCCUGCCUUGUUGUCCCCAGAGCUGAGCAUAUGACUCUACCAUUUUCAGUCCCAAAAUCAAGGGGGACCACAGGAAGAUUUAAGGAACACUGGCCCCACCUCCCUCCCAACCCGACAGCUGGUAAGGCCCUACACAGACUUUGAAACAAGUCAGAAAACAGUCUGCACUGGGAAGAGAGAGGCAUACUGGUCAGGCAUCCAUCCAUCCAUCCUUCCUCCAAGCCACUCAUGCCAAUUACUCCACAUAGCACCCAGCCAUCAACACCCAAACUGGUGAACUGUCAGUGUCUGGAGCCAGUGGAGGUGGGAGUGGUGGUUUUAGAGCAGACCCCAGCCAGCCUCCAUCCUAGGGAAGAACAUCGGGACCAGGCUGGGAACAGGCUGGGCUGGACACAAAGAGGGUCAGGAAGCUCAGGAGAAAGAAUGAGGAGGGAGCGGGGACGGACCUGGGAACCAUAGUCACCAGGGCACCUAGUCCUGGGUCUGAUUCACAGCCCUGUCCAUUCUCUGUUCAUUAUUUUCUGAUUAUUAACAUAAUGAAUAGGCUCAGUCCCAAAGCACAAUAGAACUUCUACUCUCUCCCCAGGCUCCUGCCCCCAGUGUUCCCCACUUACUGGAAAGCUGAAGCCCAAGGUAGACAUCCUUCUUGAUUUCUCUCUUUCUCACAUCCUUCAUCCAACGAUAGUUCUGUCACAACAAGAACCAAAUCUGACCAUGUCCCUCCUCCUUCCACAGAAGGCUGAGCCCCUGACUGAACUACCAAGGCCUCUCACUCAGAUCCCUGGAGGACACCAGCCCCCUCCCUGGUCUCCCAGCCUCCACCCUCAUCCCCUGCAGUCAGCUCCUCCAGCUGCUGAGGAUUCUGUUAAAACCUAGAUUCCAUCAUGACUCUCAGGUGUUCCAUUCCUUCCUGGGGCUCCCAAGGCCAUACCAAGCCCCAUCAGCAGGGCACGUCCUACCCUUCAGACAUCUUCUCAUGCCCCCUUCCCCACAAGCCCCCUGCAGCCGAGCUACCCAGACCUCUUCUGGGCUCUUGAACAAGCUAAACCCACCCCUACCUCACAGCCUCUGUGAAGACUGUUCCCUCUGCGCUCUCCCCAUUGCACGUUAAUCCCCAUCUUCUCUUUCUUGUUAGUCACAUCUCACCUUAUACGUCACCUUCUCACAAAGGCCUUCCCUGGCCACCGAUCACAUCAGCUUAGUUCAGUUUUCUGCACAAAGAUAUCUUCAGUGUAUUUAUUCAUUUUCCCUUUCAUGCACUAGGAUAUAAACUCCAUGAGGGAGACGCUUGUCUCAUUCACCAGUGUUUCCAAGUCUCCAACAAAUGAAACCAUCAAAUGGGUAGAAAACACAGAGAAGACAGAUGAAUGUGAAAACAAAAGCAAAAACGACCAUAAUUUCCACCGUUUGGAGACACCCAACAUUAUGUUGUGGAUGCAGUUCCUUUCAGUCUGUUUUUCUACACAUACGUAUAUUAAAAUUGGGGGAUUAUAAUGUUUAUAGUAUUGUGUUCUGUUUUCAUUUCCCAUGAAAGGAGUCAUUUUAAGCUCAUUUUAGACUUGGGAAAAAGUUGCAAAAUAGCACAAAGAAUUUCCUCCUCUUCCUCACCCGGUUGCCCCUGAAACUGUCAUCAUACAUAACUACAGUAUGAUAAUCAAGAACAGGAAACUGAUAUUGAUACAAUUAUUGUCAAACUAUGUUGUUGUUUAGUCACUAAGUCAUGUCCAACUCUUUUGCGACUCCCUGGACUAUAGACAGCCAGGUUCCUCUGUCCAUGGAAUUUUCCAGGCAAGAAUACUGGAGUGAGUUACCAUUUUCUUCUCCAGGGGAUGUUCCCAACCGAGGAACUGAACCCACAUCUCCUGCAUUGGCAGAUGGAUCCUUUACCACUGAGCCAAACUCUAUUUAAAUUAUACCAGUUUUUCCAUUAAUAUUCUUCUCUAUUCCAGGAUCCUCUCCAGGAUCCCACAUGACAUUUGUGAGUUUUCAUCCCCUCCAAUCUGUAAUAGUUUCUCAGUCUUUUUCUUGUCUUUGAUGAUCUUAUGCUUUUGAUCAGAACUGAAUACCAUUCAGUUAUUUUGUUGAAUGUCCCUCAGUUUGAGUUUGUCUGGUGUGUUUUUAUGGCUGGAAUGAGGUUAGACAUUUUGGGCAGGAAUACCACCAUUAAAAAAAAAAAAAAAAGGCUGCUGUGUCCUCAAGUGCAUCUUAUCAAAGGAUGUAUGAUGUCCAUGGAUCUUGUUACUGGUGAUAUUUACCUGCUCAUCCCUGGAAUAAACCACUACAAUCUCUGGUUCCUUGUA